CUUGCUUGUCAUUGUGGGGGAAUAGAGGGUUUUCCCAGCCACAUUAAAUCCCCCAUCAAAGCCAGCAGUCAGCCGGUGUGGGAACAACUGUCCUUACCUGCUCUACCUGUAGCACUGAAAGAGGAGAAGGACCUGGUGGCUGUGUUAAGUAGCAGGGAUGUUUGACACACUGUAUGAGUGGUUCUGGUGGGACAGAAUCUGGCUGCCAGUGAAUCUGACGUGGGCUGACCUGGUAGACAAGGAGGGCCGGGUCUACGCCAAAGCCUCUGAUCUUUAUGUCACUGUCCCCGUUGCCUUUGUCUUCUUACUCCUCAGAUACCUGUUUGAAAAUUGGGUAGCAACACCACUUGCUGUCUCCGCUGGGAUCAGGCAGAGAGUCCAUCUGAAAGCCCAGGACAACCCCAUCCUGGAACUCUACUACACCACUCAGUGUAGCCAUCCUGCUCAGGCAGACUUUGAUGGGCUGUCUAAGAAAAGCUGUUUGUCAGUGAGACAAGUGGAGCGCUGGUUCAGAAGAAGACGUAAUCAGGACCAUCCGGGAGUCCUGAAGAAGUUCAGAGAAGUCUGUUGGAGGUUUGUCUUCUACCUGUUGGCGUUCAUAGGAGGAAUAGCAGCCCUGUAUGAUAAAGAAUGGUUUUAUGACACUCGGGAAGUGUGGACAGGCUUUCCAAAGCAGUCCAUGCUGGAGUCUCAAUACUGGUAUUAUAUCCUGGAGAUGAGCUUCUAUGCCUCUCUUCUCUUUAGCAUAACCUUUGAUGUCAAGAGAAAGGACUUUAAAGAGCAAAUUAUCCACCACUUGGCCACUCUGGUGCUCUUAUCUUUUUCCUGGUGUGUCAACUAUAUUCGUAUCGGAACCCUGGUCAUGCUUGUCCAUGAUGCGUCUGAUGUUUUACUGGAGUCCGCCAAAUUAUUCAACUAUGCCAAAUGGGAGAAAACCUGUCAAAGCCUUUUUGUUUUGUUUGCCAUAGUGUUUAUGGUAACACGCCUCAUCAUCUUUCCAUUUUGGCUAAUCCACUGUACCUGGGUUUACCCCCUUCACUACUACCCCGCCUUCUUCGGGUACUACUUCUUCAACGUGAUGCUGUUGGUCCUCCUCUGUCUGCACAUAUUCUGGGCCUACCUCAUUCUCUGCAUGAUCAGGAAGUUUAUGUUUGGAACAAUGACCAGAGAUGAGAGAAGUGAGAAUGAAGAGGAGGAGGAGGGAGAGAGCAGUCAAACAGAGGACGAAGGUGUAGGACAGCACAAGCUGGGCAAUGGACAUGCAGUUGGUGAGAAGGAGGACAAGAGUGGCUGCUUCGGGUGCUUGUCUCCACCAGAGGACAUCUGUCGCUCAAAGACUGUGUACUGACUCAUGCUUAGUAUGAUCAAUAGAGCUGAAGAUGUGAGGAACCAAACAAUGUUGAAUUAGUUUAUCCUCUAAAGACUGAAAAAUAAACAAAACAUGUGACCUUUUCCCUUUAGAUGCUGAAAAACAACCUAACUCAAUUAAGCCUUGCGUGCUAACAGACCUUAGAACUGUGCACACGUAAGGGAAGAGAAACUUUGAGAUGUUUUGGCAGUCUGGUCCUCUCCAGUGUUGUCAGUGGCAGCACUUCACUCGACAGACCUGUUGGUCAAAAGAGACCAGUGAGCCGAACAAACAAACUAAACACAAACCCCACUGUGUGCUCAUCAUCACCUCUAAUUUGUUUCGCAUUUUUUUGUGAAGUGCAGAGUCGCUGUGCUGUGGAUCUUUCCCCCAGCUGCUUUGACUCGAUGUUUCAUUCGUCUAGGCCUGCUAGCUUUUAUCAAUUCUCUUUUGGUUUGUAUGUCUGUGGAGAGUGGCUUGAACAGUUUAUUCAUGGUAAGAGGGAGAUGAAUGGGAUCUAUGACCUGUUAGGGUGCCCUAACACAUGCACCUUUUAUGUUUGAACCCUGUCUCCUUUAACUUCUUAUCAUGUGAAGUUCGUACAUGUACAGUCCUUAUUCUGUAAUAAUACUGCAUGCAGGUUUGUGUAUGUUUCUAGUGAUUUAAUUAAGCAUUAGUCUUGCAUAGCCAGCGCUAUCUCCAAUGUGUCUCUUACAGGAGAAUCUAGAAAUACCGCACUGCGGUUGUAUGCCUCCGCCAACCAUUGCAGUUACGUCAACAUAAUUUUUUUCCGAGAUUCAUACAAGUUCUCCGUGACCUUGAUAUUUGACCACCAAAAUCAAAUCAAUUAAUUAGUGACUCCAAGUGAACGUGUGCCAAAUUUGAUAGAAUUCCCUUUGUGUUCCUGAGAUAGCACUUUCACAAUGUAAAACAUGUGUUUAGUGAGUUCACAGUAACCUUGACCUUCAACCAUGAAAUUCUAAUCAAUUCAUCCAAGUUAAUGUGGAGGCUUUUUAUUUAGGCACUCCUGAUAUAUAGCAUUCACAACAACAUGAGGUCACACAACCUUGACUUUUUGACCUGCAACCACCAGAAUCUACUCAUUUAUUUUUGGAGUCCAAGUGAAUGUUUGUGCAAAAUUUGAAAAAAUUCCCUCAAGAAGUUAUUGAGAUAGUGCGCUCACAAUAAUUGGAUGGAAAGAUGUAUGAACAAAUGUACAGACGGUUGGACAAUCCACAAAUAUAAUGCCUCCGACCACUGGCUGUCGCUGGCACAGAGGCAUAAAAAUGGUCUGGCUUGUUUGUAUUAUAUUAAACAACCACAAACAUCUUGGGUGGUGCUAUGCCCACGAUGAAGCGAUGGUGCCCAUGCAAAAUAUGUAGUGUCAGGAGGAAUUUGUUUUUGGGGAACAUUUGCAUGUGGGGAGAUGAUCAAUGUCAUUUAAAUGGCUAAUUCCUAAAAGGAACAAGGAACGCCACACAAAAAACCCAAAAGACACAGUAUGACUAGCCACAUCAAAACUUGUCAUUUCAGCACAUAGAUUGCUGGCUGGGACAACAGUCACCAUGUGAGCACAUCAUAUACUAUGAUAAUGUUGUAAGACUUAUAGAUUUCCACACAAGUUAUAUUGGUUUUGUUAUUUCCCAAUGGAAAUUCCAAUUAAUUACUUUUUGGGCAUAGGGAGGUUAAAUAUGCAUCUUUAGUGCCUGUUGGUCCAGGAUGUGUUCAGCCAGGAUUAUCUGACUGGAAGCAUGGACAUAUUUCAGGUGCUUACAAGGAAACAGUUCAUCGUAUUUUCAGAUUUCUGAAACUACCAUACAUUUGUAUGUUUAGUACACAUUAUACACAUAAUAUGUACACCUAUAAAUACACAAGGUACACAAAAAUGGAUGGAAAUACAUACUUUUUAGUGUUGUGUGCAAAAUAAUUUCUUCUUGAGUUGUCGUACAGUCUAACAGGUCUGUCUUGACUGGUUGAUUGGCAUAGUUUAGUAGCUACUGUAUCACUAUAUGAGUUUUUACUUUCACAAAUAGUGAGCCAAAGUGAAACCACAACUUCUAGGUUCUGUUGCAGGACAAAGAAAUCCUUAUUCAAAAUCCGACUGAUAUCUGUAGCAACACUAAUAACAAUCCAGCCUUAGAAAAGAGGCCUUCUCUACAGUAUGUGGUGGGGCUUGCAUUCUAAGGUAAGUAUUUUUUUUUUUAAAAUCAAACUAAUUUGUUUAUUUGAUGUGUCUGUUUAAUGCGUUUUUUAAUGUGAAUAUGUUCACCACAUGUAAAAAUGUAUCUCUAUCAACUAAUCAUUAAACUGAACUAACUGCGA